GUCAGAUAAUUGUCUGCAGAUGAAAUCAUAACUAAAAUGAGCAAAUCAUGCUUGAAUUAUUUGACUUCAAUGAUAACGUAGCCAGCUAGGUAACGUUAGCUGUUGUGCUAGUUGUGUGCACGCUAAAUCGGUAUACUUCGUAGACAUUUUUGGAGGGGAUAAAUUGUGCACGAAAUGGGAGUCGUAAUUAAACAGAAAUGUAGCCAAUGUUAGCAUAAAUAAUUGCAGUUUCCACAUUAAUGGACGGUUUUGACUGAAGCAUCAGUCAGCCUAUUCUUAUUGAUCUAUCACUGAGCCCCAUAAUUCUUUGCGAUAGUGGCCAUGCUGGCAGCUGGUAAUAGUUUUUGCGCAGAGGAAGCGAGAGGCAUAACUGGGCCCAAAACCUGUCUUCUCCAGCAGGUGGCGUCCCCCCGCUCACCAAGCGAGAAGCUUUUCGUUCAAUGAGUGUCGAAUUUGGUCAAAAGAAAUGUAAUGGUUUAUUUGCUACAUGAGGCUUAUUUGAUCGAAUAGAAGUUUCGUAAUGCAUAGACUGUUACGACUACUGAUAUAAGUAGGACAGGUGACAUCCCGGAAACUUUGAAAAGAAAAACAAAACACACUAUAUGGGAGUUGUUCCUGUUGUUCACCCGCGUCUCUGCCCUCUCAUUGGCUAGAAUGGGCCCACCUGAUCUUGCCUCCAACCGACUGCCUUUCAUUUUUGAAGACAUUUAUUAUCGUUUUUAGAGCUGCCACUUGAGUGUCUGGUCAAUAUAAUGGAUAACCUGUGACUGCAGUCUGUAAACUGAGUUUGUUAGCUAUCACUAGUUAUGUUGGUGCCAUCUUCCUAAUCUAAUGACGACAUUUACACAGCCAAAUCCAUCUGUCAAUGAGUUUUUAAAGUGAGGAACAGUGGUAUGGACCUGAUCUGAGGAGAGAGGUGCUGGAUAUGGCUGAAGGGAUUUACAUUGGCGAAAUGCACUCCUUUGACCUAGUUCCAAGUGCUGAAGCAAAAAAGAGACCCAAUUCAUCAGAUGGCAGAGAAGAGCCAAUGAGGAAGAUGCCGGUGUCCAAAUUUUGUUCCAGACCACUGUUUGAGCCUGUGCACUUUGUUAGUGGUGGCAGCAAUGGCGGGUCUGGUAAUGAUGAGAAGGAGAAUGACAAGGAACGCCGGAGGAGUGAGGUGAACAGUUUGAGACAGCGGGACUCUGACCGUCCGUCUUAUGGCAGCAACCGAGCUCAGGGCUCCUCUGCAGCUAGACCAGCAUUUGACAGAGUUUCAUCAUACGGUUCUUCUUCUGACUCUUGGAGGGACAGAGAUGGACAAAGUGAUAGAGAGAGAGAUCGAGACAUACCCUCAGGUAGCACAAGUGGUUUAGGUUAUGGGAGCCGAGGAUCCACUUCAGAUUAUAUGACUAAAGUGCAGCAGGACUACUCAGACAGAUUUGAAGCCCAUAGCACUAGGCAGCCGGACUCAUACUCUCAGGCCGCUAGGUUUGAUGGAUAUGGAGGGGGCAGUCGAUCAGGGGGCUGGGGGGAUUCAGGACGCCAAGGACUUGGCUUCGGGCAUCAGGACAGAGGGAAUCAGGACAGACCCUCAUCUAGCAGGCCAUUCAGCAGAGUCUACAGUAGCCCAGGGAGGAGUAGCCCCUCAGUUUCUGGGUCUUCUUCACAACCCAUCCCCAUAUCUCAAGCCGUACUGGAUGAAAAGCAGAGGCUGAUCAAUAGUGUGGCAUCUGCCAUAGCUGUCACUUUAAGAGACCCCGCAUUCAUGUGUGGAGCUGAAUCUCCAAACUACAAUUUCAUGCUAAGCCGUAGCAUCCAGGCCUGUAAGACCAACCCAGAGUACAUUUAUGUCAACCUCAAAGAUAUCCCUCCAGCAGACCUACCCAAGAACAGGAAAGUACCAACUGAUGGCUAUGCCUGUGAGCUGAGAUGCCAGUGUGUUUACCUUGCUACUGGAUACUCUGGAAGCAAAAACGGGGCCAGGGACCGUGCUUCUGAGCAGGCUAUUAAGCUUUUCUUUAAACAGGUGGAGGUCCGUGUAGUGCAGCGCAAAUUCAAACACUCCUUGGUCAAUGAUAUUGUGGUCUGCCAGAUCAACUGCCCUACCCCUGCUUUUCUACCGGCACUGCGUAAUCCAGAGGAUAAGCCGACGCCUAGCUCCAAGGGGCAAUACGAGCCUGACAAACGCAAGCACUGGACCGAUUUUGUCAUUGUUGACAACGCUCAUGAUGCCAUCUGCAUUCUUAACAACUCUGCCGCCUUCAACCGCAUGAAGAUUGACUACAAGUUUGAUGUGGUUCCCAACAGCAGUGCAUGGCAAUGUAGUGUGUACCUGCAGGACGAGCUGGUGGCACAGGCCAAGGGAAGUAAGAAGACAUCUAAACAUACAGCAGCUGAAGAGGCAGUGAGGAAACUGCGCAUGAACCAGGCAGCCCGGCAGCAACAACAACCACAGCAGUUCUCCCGAGGGAACAAUCCCUCUGACCCAUCAGGUGGCCGUUUCGGUCACCAGGGUGGUAGGAAGAAACACUUGAGUGAGCUGGUCAUCCUAGAGAACUCAGACAAUGCCAUUUGCAUCAUUAAUGACACUGCCCAGUUCAACAAGGUAGCUGCCGAUUAUAAGUUCACAGUGCUACCAGAUCACCGCUGGAGGUGUGAGGUAUACCUGGAGGGUCAGUAUGUAGCGUCAGGCAUCGGACCCAAGAAAACGGUGAAGCACAUUGCAGCAGAGGAAGCCCUGGCCACACUCAGGCAGACACAGGCUGUGGUUAAAUCUAACCUCAGAAAGGAGGGUAAUGCUGACGCCCUCUCUCGCCACCAGAUUCUGACGCGCUCUGGUGAGGAGGCCUCGAGACAGGAGAUCAAGGAGGAUAACAUUGGGAAUCAGCUACUCCGCAAGAUGGGCUGGAAGGGUGGCGGAUUGGGCCGGGAAGGGGAGGGCAUCUCUGAACCCAUAAAGGUCAAAGAGCAGUUCUCCAGAGAAGGACUGGGUAUGGACAUGGACAAGUCUGGGAAUCAGCUCACCAAACGGAACAUUGAGGACAUCAUCCGUAACUAUGCCAGUUCAGACCGCCAGGAUGACCUGCGCUUCUCCACUGAACUCAACAAUGAUGAACGCAAGCAGAUCCACCAGAUAUCCCAGAAGUAUGGCCUGCGGAGUAAGUCAUAUGGCCAGGGCAGGCUGCGCUUCCUCAUCGUCAGUCGCAAAGUGCACAAAGACCAGCUCAUUGGCCAGCUCCUGCAGGAAGGGCAGGUGGGACGCUACGAGCUGGUGAAACCUCAGGCCUCACACUGACUGGAUGUAGUAUAGCUCCAACAAACUACCGAUGACCGAUACUUCAGAACAAAAACAGGUGUGCCUGAUCUGGGCAAAGGUUGUACUUUUAUUGGGGAUGUUUCAAUCUUCUAGGCUUGUCUUUUGGGGAAAUACUUCAGUGUUUUCUGCAUUCCAUUUCCUACAAUUGCAUAUUUUCUGGCAUUGUUUUAACGCUUCUUGUCAUUCUACAAUUUGGUCUUCUGUCAGCUUCACAUUUGCACAAUAUGCUAGUGAUUUGUGCUGUAACAGUUGAUUGGAGUUAUGUAUCUUGACAAAAAGGCUCAAAACAUUUUAGCAAACGUUUUUCAUGGCUACAGAAAUAGCCUAAACCAGCAGAAUGCCUGGCAUUUUACCUACACACGUUUCAUUAGUAAAAAUGUAUAUGGCAUCACAUCAAGUGACAUCUGUAACUAUAUGCUGACAUUGACACAUCCCUGACAUAAUACUUUCUAUGUUAUUUUCCCCCCUUGGAUAGUUAGAUAAUUGAAAAAUAAAAGCUGCCUCCAAGACUUGUAAUAUGAUCUUUGUCACAUGGUAAAAGCGCAAGCUGUGAUCCCUUUGAAAUGUCAGAUGUAUAUGUCUUAGUGAAUAGUUAACUUGUCUGCUUGUUUUCACAGCUGUAAUAAUGAUCAAUAAAUUAAGUCUUAUAGUUGU